UUUAUUACUUACACUAUAUUGUACUUAUUAAUCAUCUUCUGACAUUGUAAGCACAUUUUGUAGACAACAUUAGUUUAAGUGUUACUAAUUAUUAGCUUCGAUGGGGAGCUGAAAAGAUAAAAAAUGAAACAAUUAUUUAUUUUAAUAUCAUUCGCAUUGGUCGGCCAUGUUUUGGUCGCUAAAUUAGAUGACUAUAUUCAGCAGGUUCUCAUAACAAACGAUGACAUCAAGCAAGCAAAAGAAUUCCUGCCGACAAUAAUUAAAAAUAUGGUUGCGAGAUCGGAUGUAUAUGGGAUGGAGGCAAUGGCUUUUAUGUUGGCAGUACCGGAGAAAAUUGAUUGUGUAUUGCAAGCGCCAAAAUUUACUUACCAAGACCCUGAUGAAAGUGAAAACUCAGAUUCUGAUGAAAGUGUAAACCCAGAUUCUGGUGGUAAAAUAAUAAUGCAUUUUGAAGAUAAGUUAGAGUACCAGAAAAUGAUGCAAUCAGCAAUAAGUGAUGUAACGGAUCCAAAUCUAAAUCAAAAUCUUGAUCCGCCUAUUGUUCCCGGAAGAGAAAAUUUAGCCAGUCUUUUAGGAGAGAGAACAAUUCAUCCGACAAGAACUCUAAAAAAUAGAAUCAUCCGUUCAUUUGAUCUGACUUCUUUGGGCAGUGCUAGAAGAGAUAUGACUUUAGAAGCUAUAACAUUGUUAAUACGUCAAGACGAUCCACUUUUCCAGGAUUUGAGGAUGAUGUGUCGUUUAGUAGGAGUAUUUAGAAGCAUUAAAUACCCACUUACAUGUAUAAACAUUGCUGAUCUUGACGAAGACUUUUGCAUUUUAAUAGAUGAAACGUUCGUAGGAGGUCACGUUUAUAAAUUCUUUAAUGGUGAACUUUGGAAGGUAAAAUUAGAAGAUUUUUCUCCAGUUAGGCGUUUUUCUUCUGAGUUUCAAUAACCUAAGAAUUAGGAAUUAUUAUAAUAACCUAUUUCAUAGUGAUAUUUUAGUUUUGUUUAAACAAUUGUUUGAUACCGCACCGAUUUCUAAAUUGUCAAUAAAUUUAAUGU